CCACACGAUUGUCUUUCACUUAUCUUCCUCCACCCAAUCCAAAUUGCGAUAGAGAUCUCUUUCGAAUCCACGCGCCUUCAUCAACCUCACUCUAACUCUCUUCUCAAUUUCUCAUGAAAAUUCAUCUUCAUUCUUGACCCCAGAUAGGUUUCCAGACCAAACCCGUUAUUGUAACUCUGCUGUUGUUGAAGUCCUUUUUGCCUGUCUCUUGUUCUUGCUAUGAGAUUAUUAUAAGAAUCCAGAACUGACCAAAAAUGUUUCCCCUCUGCUCGGCUGCAAGCUGCCAUUACCAUUCUCAGCCUUUGUAUCAUGGAAACUGGCGAGCCUGUUCUUCCUUAAGGAGAGAGUCCAUUCACAGAUGCAGCUCUGGUGAUAAUGCCUUCUUUGGCCUUUCUAAUGGAACACAAAACUUGCACAAGAGUUGCUUAACUCAAGCCACUGGGAGAUUCUUCACCGCUACUAUCGAAAACACGGAGAAAACAGCAUCUACAUUCAGAAACUUGUGUGAGAAUGAGUUGGAAAGAAUAAACUACAUGCGUUAUGACAUGAGAGAUGUAAGAAAUGGGGGACUAACAUAUGUAGAAAGUACAGCAGAUGUUUCACCUGUUGAAGCUGUUGUAUCGGAUGUUCCUCCCGUUGAAAACCUUUCUGCUGAGAAUUUAACCGAAAGCACCAGCAGCCUUAUAGUCUCGGCUGAACCGGGAACAGGAGCAUCUGUUGAUAUAUCUCCGGAUACUUCUGUAUCUCUGCCCGAUCCUACAGAUCUCAAUCAAGAGUCACUUCCCGACGUGAAAGCUAGCGUUGAUGACUUCUCUUCCGGGGUGAAGGACUCCUUCAGCUCUUCACUGAACCAAGGAGAAAACGCUGUGAAGAACACUUUGGAUUCCUUCUCCUCUUCCGUGACAUCCAUUACAAAGAAUGCUUCCGAAGCUGUAGAUAAUGCAUUCAAAACUGCGUUCUCUACGCUAGACCAAACAGGAGAUGCAGCUGGAGACAAGCUCUCUAGCUUCUCCGGUGGCUUGAAGGAAGCUUCAAACGGAGCAGCUUCUGUAGCCAUUGAUUUAUUGAGGCAAUCAAUUAGUACUGCAGAGCGGUCUGUAGUAAAUGGAGUUUCCUUUGCUGCCUACUCUUAUGGAUCAGCAAAAGAGUUACUUCCUCCAGAUGUUAAGAGUGCCAUUAACUCAUCCGAAGAUGUUGCUCUAAAAGUGUUGAAGCCCCUCGGAGCUGUCUUGGAGCAGGUAUAUGCUGCCAUUGGAGGUUUGGAGAGAAACAUUGGUUUGAAUCCAGAUGAUCCAAUCAUUCACCUUGUCCUCAUUGUAGGCUCCACAGGAACCUUUUGGGUUCUAUACCGGGUUUGGACAUAUGGUGGAUAUGCUGGAGAUUUGUCUCCAAAGUCAACACUUGAGCUUUUGUCAUCAAGAGAAAAGCCAGUGCUUGUAGAUGUCAGGCCUGAGGCCUUGAGAGAGAAAGAUGGAAUCCCUGAUCUGCGGAGAGCAGCUCGUUUCCGAUAUUCUAGUGUGACACUGCCUGAGGUUGAGGGUGAUGUUAAACGGCUAAUGAGAGGUGGAAGAGAAGUUGAAGAUGCCUUGGCGGCAGUUAUCAUCAAGAAUUUGAAAGCAGUUCAGGACAGGUCAAAGGUCAUUGUUAUGGAUGCUGAUGGAACUCGCUCUAAGGGCAUUGCAAGAGCCUUGAGAAAACUUGGGAUUAAGAGGCCAUACUUGGUGCAAGGUGGGUUUAGAGCAUGGGUUAAAGAAGGUCUUCGUGUGAAAGAGCCCAAACCUGAGACAACACUUACCAUCCUCAACGAGGAAGCUGAGGCGAUCCUUGAGGAAAUAAAUCCUUCUCCAUUGCAAGUAGCUGGAGUUGGUGUGGGGGCUUUGGCAGGAUCGUAUGCUUUGUUUGAGUGGGAGAAAACACUGCAACUCAUAGCUGUCAUUGGCCUUGGUUUGACUAUAUACCAACGUCUUGCUUCCUAUGAUGACGCGGAAGACUUCAAGCAAGAUGUCAGGCAAUUGUUUACACCGGUGAAACUUGGAGCUCAGGCUUUCUCAUGGGCUGCAGGGAAACUUGAGACAAAUGGUGUUGGCCUCCCAACUUCACCUUCUUCCUCAGAUGUUCGAAGCCGAGUUUUGCAGGCUGCUGCUAAGCAUGAGUCUCAGCCGUCUGAUGAAACUUCUGAAGGUCUCCAAGAUGCAUCAUCAUCAUCAUCCUCAGGAGAAGCUUUGAACAACGCUGAUGUCUCAGAAGCCUAACGGCUCCAACUUUUAUUUAUGGUUCAUUGUACGUAACUGCUAUGUUAUUGUUCACUGCAACUGCCAAGAAUUACUUUGCUGGUCGCAAAAGAAAUCUCUAAAGGAGCAUUCUUAUGUUAUCCAUAUAUAUAUAUAUAUAUAUACUUUUAUGGA